GGAGCUUGGCCGACUUGUUUGUGGAUUUUUCCCGUCUUUAUUUCGGUUAGGUGUCCUGAGAUACAUAGGUAUGCUCUACUACAUAGCGCAGCGACACAGUUUCGUACAAUAUGAUUAUUGUAUUAAAUGCCUGUUUUUCAUUACUUGUGAUGAAUCGGCAUCAGUACGAAGGUUAGCCUGUUCUCCUCGUACAACAUCCAACAUACUGGAACGUACAAUGUCCUCCAACGAAGAACAGUACCAACAGGGGUCACUCUACUGCGGCUUCGGACGCAUAUGAAUCCUACUUGAUCGUCCAAUUUACCUCCGUGCGGCUGCUAUCGUUAAUGGCUGAUGCUAGCGGCUACCGAGACGGCGGAUUGGGAGACCACCGACGUCAUUCGAAUCCUAAGCGAACGCGUGGGGAAGAUGAGCACAACCUAGAUGACGUAAAACGUGUCAAGCAAAGACACGACGAUUAUGAGAGGGGGGGUGGAAGUAGACACGAGCACCGAUAUGAUGACCAUCGGCAUUCUAGACGGCGUGAUUCCGUAUUACGACCGAAUACCUCAUCAUUGAGAGAAGGGAGAGGGGAACAUCGUACCAAAUCUACCUCAUUCGAGCGCUCACCUUCGACGUCCUCAGCACGACGGCGCCAUCAUACACCUGAUAAUCACCGUCGUCAUAAGCAUCGCCACUCUUCGACCUCUCCUAUCCGCACCCAAAGCGAGCUCCCAUUAGGCGCGAGGCCUCUAGUCCGUUCCGAUUUUAAAAACUUCAAGCCUCUGUUUGCGCAAUACCUCGAGGUGCAGAAGCGCAAGGACAUCGCAGCGCUGGACGAGAGGGAGGUUAAGGGCCGCUGGAAGAGCUUUGUCAGCAAGUGGAACCGUGGGGACCUGGCUGAGGGUUGGUAUAGUCCUGAGACGCUUUCCGAAGCGAAGAAAGCUGGUGCUGGCGCUGGCACUGGCGCUGGUAUACAGCUUGUGAGGGAAGAUAGGAUAGCCUCCGUGAUAUCGCCGUCGUCGAGGCUGAGCGAACAGAAUACCGAGAGACUUGAUGGGGGUAAUGGCUCGAUACUCUCCGGAGGGGAGGAAAACGAAGAUGAAGACGACGAUGAGUAUGGUCCGACUUUACCUGGGGCAGCUCCUACGCAAAACUACACCCGCGAUCAUUCCGAUGCCACCCGCUCUACGCGACACGGCCCAGGUAUACCCAAUCGGCAAGAUUUAGACUUGCGGCGCGAGAACGCAGAAGAGGAGCGCACCCAGCAUGUCUCCGACCUCCGUCUAGCACGAAAAGCCGAUCGCACCGAGCAACGUGCGCGCCUCGAAGAACUAGUCCCGCGAGCAGAACCCGGGACGCGGGAGCGGCAGCUAGAGAAGAAACGCGAGGUCAACGAGAAGAUGCGCGGGUUCCGGGACAAGUCGCCCGGGGGCGGCGCGGAGGUCGGCGAAGCAGAGCUCAUGGGUGGCGGGGACUCGAUUGCCGAGUACAAGCGCCUGAAGGCGGUGGCCGAGAGGCGGAAGACGGAGCGAGAGGUCCGGAGAGAAGAAGAGGCUAGGAUUAAGGCUGCAGAGAGGGAGUAUAGAGUUAAGGAAUAUAGACGCAAGGAGGACGAUACGAUGGAAGUGUUAAAGAGGAUUGCGAAGGAGAGGUUUGGGUCAGGAUGAGAGGUGAUACUUGGCUGGGGAAUAAGGAACUAGUUUAUGAUGAUGCUAUGUUAUUCACUCCAUGGUUUAGGAAGUGCUCUAAGGUGCUAAGACUCGAGAGUACUUGGGAAAGAGUUGAUAUAAUGUAGGCUAAGUAUGGAUUAUAUGCGAAAAUACCUAUGUAGGUACCUAGGUACCUAACAUAUCCAAAAAUAACAUGUUAACAUCCAGUACUGCAUGUAUUCACUUGGCAGGUUUAGGCUUUGGACUUUACAGGGUGAAUAGAAGUUAACCAGGUGCUUUUUCGCAUUGAGGUUCUACCUUAUAGUAACUAUGGGUUUUGAAGAGUCAUUAUGGAUAGCGAACUACUACGUAUUUCUUCAACUCAGCACAUUGCAGUGUUACCUUUUCUAAUAGUUUUCUAACCUAAUAGUUAUCCGGAUCUCAACCAAGAAAUGCAGGACAGAUGGCUGUAGGAUCCACUUACGGGAGAUACUUCGACCAAUCAUCUGGGCGACAAGAUCACAAUUUGCUAGCGUCUCCCUCCAAGGACCGUGCUAUAUAAGUACGCAUAACAGCCUUAAUAGCCAAUAAGGCGUGGUGGCAGAGUGGUCUAAUGCGCAAGACUAGAAAUCUUGUUCCUUCGGGAGCGUCUGUUCGAAUCAGGCCCACGUCGACUUUUUGGUUUUGCGAUUUUUGUAUUUUCACUAGGUUAGCUAGCUUGUAAUUUUA